UUUCAUCAUGGGUUGGAAGGCUUUGAAAUGUGGUCUCCAUUUCAAGGGCAUUUCAAGUGAUUGUAAAGGAAAAUCAAGUGUUAUGACAAAUGGAUUCCCUUUAAAAAGGAAUACUAACUUUCUCCUAAUGCUUGAAGAAUCUGAUGACAUAAAGCUAGAAGUAGAAGAAACCAAUGUAAACAAUGGAGAAGGAGGUCUGAAAAAGAUGGUGAGCAAACUAAACGAGGAGCUGGAGAAGGAGAGGCUGGCGGCUGCGACUGCAGCUGAGGAGGCAAUGGCGAUGAUUAUGAGGCUGCAGAACGAGAAAAGCACGAUCUUGAUGGAAUCCAAACAGUAUCGGCUUAUGGCAGAGAAAAAACAGGUCCACGACAGAGAAGUGAUUCAAUCUUUGAGGUGGAUAGUGAAGAAGCAUGAGACAGCUAGGAAAUUGUUGGAGAACCGGUUGAUGUUCUUGAGUAGGAAGUUAAGGUUAUGUUUUGAAGGAAAUAAUAAUAAUAUCCAAUGGGUUGAAGAUGGUGAUGAUGAUGAAUACUACUUGAGGAAGUAUGAAGAAGAUGAGAAUGACAUUUCACAUCAUCCUAGUGGUAAUGAAAGAAGUGGUGAGCUCUUAUUGAGCUCUCUUGAUUUGGGUUCAUAA